UCAGAAAAAAUAAAAUGGCGUUUCUUUCCUCAAGAACAGUCAUUGCGUUCAUGUCGAUAGUUGCAGUUGUAUUUAGUAUAACUCCUGACACCUACUUUGAGUGUGAGCAGUACCCAGGAGAUCAGUGGGGCCAGAUAGAUAAAACAAACAGGGAAUGCAUGAGGGAGGAUGUUGACGGGGUGGAUACAAUGUUUUGCCAUCACUGGGAGUGUGAAGUACCGGAGUGUCCAGAAGAAGAACAGGUUACCUGGGGAGAUGGAUGCAAAGCAUGCCCAGGUUCGUGCUCAGAAGGUGGCAAGAUUCGUCCAGAAGGUACCAGUUUCACCUGUGUGGAUAAUACAAACACCUGUAGCUGUACGGCUAAUGGAUUUUCUACAACCUUAGUGGGUUACAACCGCGAACAGUUUUGCAAUGCAGCAAUGGAGAAAUAAAAUAUUAUAGAAUGUGAAUAAGGUUAUGUUGUUGGUUUAUUUAUUUUUUUACACCUUUUAAACUUUCAAUUAACUGCCGUAUCUAGGUAAAACCUAAGUUUGAGACUUCUACGUGGAGAACUAGGCGGCGUCUCUGUCAUCCAUUUAUCUCCGUGAAAAAUUCGCGGCUCAUAAAUAACUUUUUUUUGGACUAUGUGGUUUUGUAAUAUUUUCUCGCAGAUUAUUUCGUACAAAGCUACAUAUUCAAUUAGUGAUUGACACUUUUUUACUAUACGUGUGAUUUCAAAGAGACAGGGUGUUAUGUCAUUGUGCUGAUAUCAGGCUUAUCUUAUAUUAAUGCAAUGCAUUACAUUUUUUCAAAGUAAUGCUAGUAAUGUGUAAUGCCACAAA